CAUGCCAAAGCACAAGCUCAAAGGCCGCUCCAAGAACGUGGAAGCCAUCGUAUUUACGCUAGAUGAUGUCCUGUACGACCAUACAGGCACCCUCAGCGGCCUUGCCGUAGAACGGGCGUUUGGACAGCUUGUCGAGGAAGGGACAUUCGAGUCGUUGGAUCAAGCACACGAGUCACUUCGACGCUUUAGACACGCGUUUGGUUAUCGCAAGAAUUUUGCGCUGUUCGUGGACGACUUGGUAUCUGGCGGGGGACUUACAUCAGACGCUGCGCAGCGCGUGCUCACAGAGUACAACGCGAGCGCGUUCGUGCUGGGCACAGCGCCCCAUAUUCAGCCGUUUCCAAGCACCAUUCCGACUCUUGAAGCCCUCAAAGAUCAAGGGUACAAGUUGGGCCUCCUUUGCUCGGGGACUCCAGAAUCACAGUGGGAAAAGAUCCACACGUUGGGCGUGGCAUGGUGUUUCGACCAUGUGCUCAUCGUCCCGGCUGGAAACCUCUCGGGCGAUGGCAACUUGUCCAAAGUGAUGCCGGUGCUCAAGAACAUGGCCAAGCAGCUCGCCGUGCCAACGUCCAAGGUCGUGUUGGUCGGCAAACGCGUGUUUGGGGAGCUCAAAGCUGCCAAACAAAUGGGGCUCAUCACCGUUCGCAUGAUGUACGGAAAGUAUGCCAAGACCAUGCCCGUGGACGACCUGGAACAACCCCAUUACCAGAUGUCCAACUUGGACCAACUGCCUGCCAUACUCGUGCUGGCUGAAGGCCGGCGCCCGCGUCCGCAUAUUGUCGCACUCGGCGGCGGCACGGGUCUCGCAGUGCUGCUCAAGGCGUUGCGUGAGUAUCCGGCCGACUUGACUGCCAUUGUCACUGUGUUUGACUCGGGGCGACAUUCCGGGGCGCUGCGGAAAACGCUGGGAAUAUUACCCCCCGGAGACAUUCGCAACUGCCUCGUCGCGCUGUCCGAUUCCGAUCAAUUGCUGCAUCAGUUGAUGAAUUACCGGUUCCAGGACCACUACCUCGAAGGCGCGAGCCUCGGCAACCUCCUCCUUGCCGCGCUCACCGACAUCCACGGCGGCAGCUUUGACCAAGCCGUUGCGUCCAUCUCGGACAUCCUCAACAUCCGUGGCCAAGUGCUGCCUGCAACGCUGGACCAGUCGGAGCUCUGUGCGGUCCUCGCUGACGGCUCCACGGUCGUAUCCGAAGUGAACGUGCGGAGCCCAGACAAGGCAGCGCCGAUCCGCCAUGUGUUUUUAGAGAACGCGUCCGUCACUGCGUACCCCGCCGCGAUUGCCGCGAUCGAAGCGGCCGACAUCAUUCUCAUCAGUCCGGGAGGGUUUUACACGUCGAUCAUCGCCACGUUGCUCGUGCCAGGCAUCAAAGAAGCCAUCGCAAAGGCUCGUGGCGCCGUCGUGUAUAUUAGCAACGUGGCGACGCAGACGGGCCAGUCGGACGGGUACACGCUGCCCCAGACCCUGUCGAUCUUGGCCGAGUACUUGGGCGACGACGUGGUGGACUAUGUGAUUGCCAACAAUGCGAUUCCGUCCACGCUGCCAUUUGAACACGGCGAGACGCUGCUGCUGCCGACACGGGACAUGGAAGCAGCCGAGCGACCGAUCCUCGUGCAAGGCCGCGCGUUCACCGACAUGUCUGCGUUCGACGUCGAGUGGAAAAAGGUGCCGAUGAUCAAGCACAAUGGCGAAAUGGUGCUGUCCAUGCUCUACCGCAUCAUCGAAAAGGAAAUGGAAGGAUCCAUGGCCGUGCGUACCAAGACACAGUACAGUCAGGUGACGAGAGGGGGAGGCGGGGCAUCGCCCCAGCCCCGACGGACCAGUCGUCGCAGGAGGAAGCGGGUGGUGGUUGCCGGCGGAUACGACGACGAAGACGACGAAGAAGGCACUAUUGGUGGCAAAGGCACCUUGCUCACGAUUGGAAUGAUGUUCGUGGUGGCUGCUACCACAGCAGCGGUGACCACGGCGGUGUUGCUGCGACGACGGUAGCUGCAUCAUAUGCCGCCUCGAUGGGUUAUGUUCUUGGAAGUACUGUAAUCCAGACAAGGAUGGCUAGUCAGGGUAGCUUAGAUUUGUACUUCAAAUCCAACGGCCCAGUCCCUCGAAAUCAUGUAUCUACUAAUCGCUUUAUAGUAUAGUUUGCACAAGCUUAAAUGAGAUCAAAUGCUAUAUGGUGGCAUGACUUGCAAGUCCAUUUUUGGGUGUCGAUAGACUUGGUGUGUCAG